AUGGCUAGAUCAUCCAACAGAGAGAUAAAGCGCAUAUUAGAUAAGAUUGUCAAGCCUCAUAGAAGAGACUGGAGUACCAGGCUUGCAGAUGCGCUUUGGGCUUAUCGGACAGUGUACAAGACAGCAAUCGGAACGAGUCCCUUCCGCCUAGUCUAUGGAAAGGCUUGUCACCUCCCAGUGGAGGUGGAGCACAAAGCUUUCUGGGCGGUAUGGGAAUGUAACAUGGGAUUGGAGAGAGCUGGAGCUAAAAGGAAGUUGCAACUACAGGAAUUAGAGAACCUUCGCCCAGAAACAUAUGAGAACUCUAGGCUAUACAAAGAGAGGGUGAGGGCUAUGCAUGACAAGAAUAUCAAGCGAAGAGAGUUUAGACCUGGGGGGUUAGUUCUCCUCUAUAACUCAAGGUUGAGGCUUAUACCAGGCAAGCUGAGAUCAAGGUGGGAAGGACCCUAUAGAGUGGAGAAGGCAGAGCCAUAUGGAGUCUUCCACUUGAGUCACCCUUCAAGCCCAAAAAUUCUUAAGGUCCAUGGCCACCGCUUGAAGCUAUACCAUGGUGAGAAGAUAAAGGACAACAAGGAGCUGGAGAUCUUUCUCUUGGUGGAUCCAGCAACAGAUGAAGACUGA